GCUCUCCAGUGUUAACUCUAUUCGUGGUCGGGCUAAAUAUUGUCGCCGCACAGCUCUUCCAAUUGCCAGUGCGCUGGCCCUUCUUGUUGCGCGUCCCACGCGCGUAUGCUUAGGCGGUCCCUGGUGCUUCCACGACAUUGUCUCAUUCUGAGCCCAUGUUUCUAGCAUCCUCCUAUCGUGCAGUGAUCCCGGGCCGUUGCUUCCCAAAAUCCCGCUAUACUUAGCGCUGAACGGCCACGACAGGGCGGAUAGCACGGUGACUGGGUGACCAUAUUCCCUUGAAUACAGUGUCAGGUGGAAGUACCUGCUUCUUUGCAGCACGCGGGACCCAUUCACGAGGACGCUCACGAUGGUCAGCGGGGGUACGAGCGUUUUCCAAAGACAAGUUGUGACAGACCGAUCAAUCGAGGCGGAGAAGGCAGGGAAGGCGGGCAAAAGAGUAUAAGCAUUAUUACACACGCUCUUGGGGCUUGGGAGAGCUCAAUCGCUCCCCGUGUUUCCCUCUGCUCAACUCGAUCUAUCGAGCGUUUUCGACAAUCAGGCAGCUUCUGCUGACGGGACGACUGGUGACUUUGACGGGCUUGGUGGGACCUUUGUUUCUAGCCUUCUUCCUUCGGGGACAUGGCUCUACGAUAGUGUGGAGUAUGCUUUGCCCUCCACGUGGGGCACAGGCAAUGACAACGUUAUUGCCAACGGACAAACGGUGCAGCUGGACGACGCUGGCUACGUCAACGAGCUACACAUGGUCUAUGCUGGCGAUGGUUCGAGCACGUUUGGCACCAACUUUACGCUUAACUACAAAGGUGGCUCGUCUGAUAUCCUUCAAUUCACGGGUAUGAACUGGUUCCAGUUUCCCUCCAUGAACUGGGGUACCAUCAGAACUGCCUAUCACCACACAAACUAUACCUCCCUCGUCAACUGGAACGUCACUUCCCUAUUCCAGAGCUCCAUCUCCGUCCCUUCCAAUGUCCCGCUGCAGAGCAUCACGCUCCCAGUCACAACAGACAGCACAUCCCGGAUGCAUAUCUUCGCCCUCUCGAUCACCCCUUCCAUCGUCCCGCCGGCGGUCUCCGGCCCGGCGUUAUCCGUCCAAAGCGCUCAGUUUAGCACACGGUGGGAGACGGUCGGAAGUCAGAGCGCGCAGGCCGUGGCCGUCACGCUCGUCAAUCUCCUCCCAGCGAGCUACGCGAACGUGGUCAACGCGACAGUCAACGAACAGUAUACGAUCGAGGUCUCGGGCGAUGGUGUGGAGACGGUCACGCCGGGCGUGUUCUAUCGUCUUGUUCCUUCGGACCAAGUUAUCACCGAUGUUCUGGUGGCCAACAACGGUGGGACUGGCAAUGCCACCGUCACUAUCAAGAACGCCGCUGGGGAUGUCGCCGGAACGUCCGAAGGGUGGCCAAUCGUGCCGUUAAGAUCGAGCUGGACGGCGGAUGCUAGCGUUCUGAGCACACACGAGACUCCAACUUGGUGGAGGCAAGCAAAGUUUGGGAUUUUCACUCACUGGGGUGUAUACAGUGUCCCUGCUUAUGGACCUCCAAGCUCCUACGCUGAGUGGUAUGACUGGUACCUCCACAACCCAAACAACUCGGACAGUCCAACUUGGGUACACCACAAGGAGGUUUAUGGUCCCGACGUCGUGUACGAUGACUUUAUCGCCAACUUCACAGCGACGCUGUUCAACGCUAGCGCAUGGUUGGACCUCUUCACGAACGCGGGCGCAAAGUACUUUGUACAAGUAACGAAACACCACGAUGGAUACGCACUAUUUGACACACAGAACACGUCCCAUCGCUCUAGCGUCUACCUGAACCCGUACCACGACUUUCUCAAGGAACUGAUGGAUACUGCGAAGUCCGAUUAUCCCGAUUUACACCGUGGAACGUACUUCUCCAUGCCCGAAUGGUUCAACCCCUACUACGCCAAAUAUGGGUUUGGCGAGUGGCCCGGAGGGCUCGCUCACAAUGCGUACAACUGGUCCGAGAUCGAGCCGUACACUGGUCUCCUGAACGUCAGCGACUUCCUUGAAGAUAUCCAGUACCCGCAGAUGCUGUCUCUCGCCCUGGACUAUGAUACGGAGAUUAUGUGGUGUGAUAUUGGUGGUCCGAACAUGACGAUCGACUUCGCUGCCCAGUUCUACAAUCAUGCCUGGGAGAACGGGUACCAGGUCACUAUGAAUGAUCGUUGCGGCAAUGUUCCCGACUUCUCAACUCCCGAAUACGCCGUCUUUGGCUCCAUCCAGACUCGGAGCUGGGAGACGAACGAGGGCAUGGAUCCGUUCAGCUACGGUAUUAACAACCAGACGACGCCAGACGAAUAUAAGAACGGCACGACGAUCAUCCAAACGCUCGUCGACGUCGUCAGCAAGAAUGGGAACUACCUCCUGGACGUUGGCCCGACAGCCGAAGGCGUCAUCAUCCCCGCCAUGGCUGACAACCUGCUCGACGCGGGCAGGUGGCUCUCCUACGCGGGCGACUGCGUGUAUGACACGCAGUACUGGUACCAGGCGCAGCAGUCGCCCGAUGGGACGUUCCGCUUCCUCACGACUCCGACGACGUUCUGCAUCGUCGCUUUUACCAAGCCGACUGGGGCGAAUCUUACCGUCGACGCGGGGCCGGGCGUCGUCCUCCCUGUGCUUGAGGGAGAUACUGUGAGGCUUCUUGGGCCAGGAGGGAACGGGACGGCGUUGAAAUGGAGUGUCGACGACAAUGGUGUGAUGAGCAUCGAGCUAAACGAGGAUGAGGUGGACGCAGUGGAUUAUGCAUGGGCAUUCCAAGUUGAGUAUGCGUAUGCAAGCUCUGCGCCUUCUGCAAACGCACACUUGGCGUCUCUCCCAAUCUCGAUGCUUAAUAGUUAUACGACUCUUCCACAAACGGUGUCCGUUGGAUACUCAGAAACUCUCGGAUACUCGGGAGCGCCGCAAACUGCAUAUCCGACGUCGUCUACAUUAUAG